ACUGCCGAAACCGAAAAAGGAAACCUGCUAAGCAGCUUUGUGUCGUCCAAACUCGUUUAGUUUGUUUCUUUUUUCUUUUUUUUUUUUGUUUCAUUUAAUUUACGUGACUAUAUAUUUUGUGUUCGAAGCCCGAAUAUUGUGUUGAAUCUUGUCGCAGAGUUCGGGCUGUCACUCAGACGCGGCGUUUAGCUUUGUUAGCUAGCAGGCUAAUUGAAAGAUUGCCGUUUUUGAAGUUGUGUGGAAAGAACCGAACGGCUGGAUUAUGGCCUGAAAAGUUGUUUUUGUACUCUGAGGAUUAAACAGCGGCUUCACCAUGAGUGACAACGACUCGGAAGUGGAAAGGAUCAUGGCGGAGCGGCCGCCCAGCAGCUAUGGCUCCAUGCGCAGCGAUGAUUCAGAAGAUGAUGAUGAGAUUCAAGAUGUUGGCCCUCAACCCAUCAUUACAGUCAAUUUACGUACAAGAGUCCAAGUUAAUCGGCCAGAUUCGCCAGAAACCGGUGUCACCUCCAUCACACAAGACCGACGAACCAGUGUCCAUAAUGAGGGGGUCUUCGUUACCGUCCCAAGAAAAGAACAGGACCCAGGAGACGUGAUCAUGGAGGUGGAAGAUAAUGCGAGUUCUGUGUUUAUGAGAGAAUCCCAAGCCAGACAGAGGAACAAUGUACAGGCAGAAGCGAGUGUCCUCGAACCCACACACUUGCUCACUCCUGUGGAAAAUUCAGUAGACGAAUUCUCCCUGCGCUAUGUGUUCACAGCCAUGUUGGACAUACUCAGAAAUCUGAACGCCAUGGAGCUGCAGUAUUUCGUGGGCAGUCUGUGCUCGCAGAGUAAAGGUCAGCUCCAGUUCCGUCAGCUGGAGCAGGAGGGUGAGCUCGACGUCCUCGGCGUGGUGGACCAGAUACUGGAGAAGUGGGGCAAAGGAGAGGCGCUGCACAUCACCAUACACGCGCUCAACGACAUCAACAAGCACGCCAUCGCUAGCACGCUGGGGAGUGUGUGCAGGAGAGUUUUGGUGCAGUUCGAUCUGAGAGCCAGUCACAAGCGCCGUUAUUAUAGUCUCUAUGAGGGAACCUGUCGCCCAGGGCAACAGCGCUACAUCAGACACGUCUACGUAGAAUCGCCCAUUGUGUUCAAAACCCCGACCAAUGAGGAAAAGCUGAUCAGCCCCACCAAGCUCUUCUCUCCUCUUGAGGGUGAAGGUGACAUCCGUGUCGUCAUGACAUCAGGUAUCCCGGCCAUCGGACUUACAGUGACCACGCAGAUGUUCAUCAUAGACUGGACGGAGGAGCGAGUGUGUCAGGACAUCCAGUUUGUGUUUGCUCUCCCGGGUCGUGACCUUCACCUGGUCAGGAACUCUGAGCAGACUUUCCUGGAGUUUCUUGCCUCGUUUUAUCCUGAAGCGAAGCACGCGGAGUUCCUGUCCUGCCAAGACUGCACUGUUCUCUUUGUCAUCGACGCACUCGAGCUCUGCAGGCAACCCCUCGAGUUUCAGAACCAUCCAGGCGUCACGGAGAUGACUGCUCGGGCUCCCGUGGGCGUCCUUCUCACCAGUUUAAUCAAAGGAGACUUGCUGCCUCAUGCACGCGUUUGGAUCACAGCCCAUCGUUCCACCUCGUUGAAACUCCCAGCAAAUUGCAUUAGCAGGUUUACAGAGCUAAAAGGAUUUGGCAACACGCAGAAGGACGAGUAUUUCACCAAACGGACUAAAGACCCGACGCAUGGCAGGCGCAUUCUAGAGCUUGUCAAAAGUUCUCCAGGUCUGUACGAUGCCUGCUAUCUGCCACUCUUCUCCUGGAUCGUGUCCUUCGUUUACGAGCGGCAUUUACAGAUUCAAGGCUUUGCCGAGCCGGCGCAAACACUCACCACUUUUUACACGCAGUAUGUCAUUGUGCUGACGAACCGGAAAAUCGAACGCUAUGUCGGUACGGGGCUUGAGGAAUCGCGGUGGAAAGAAGCAGAUAAAGAGUUCUUGAUGAAAAUGGGCAGACUGGCACUGAAUAUGCUGCUGGACGGAACGAGCGUCUUCUGUGAUCGCACCGUGCGCAAUUUGACACUGGACAUCCAUGAUGUCACUCACCGAGGCGGGAUCUCCUCCGAAACAGGUGAACCUACGAGAGAAAAUGGGCGGAGCUUUAGAUUCAUCCAUCACAGCGUUCAGGAUUUCAUGGCCGCCAUGUACGUUUACGUCACGUUUCGGAUGACGGGAGAAAAUGCACUCGAGCCACGGAAAAGCAAAACGAAGACGGCGCGACCCGUCAGCGAGCUUUACAAACCCGUCAUCGAUCGCGUCCUCGCCAGGCGCGACGGACACAUGGAUCUCUUCCUGCGCUUCCUGUUGGGCUUGUCGGCUCACGGGACAGAGAUGCAUCUACGCGGACACCUGCUGCCUCAGUAUCACCCCGAGCCGAAGGGCGUAGCAGAUGUGCUCAAGUACGCGCGGAAGAAGAUAAAGGAGAACGCCGUAGCGGAGCGGUGUAGAAAUUUAGAGCUCUGUCUCUCUGAACUGGAAGAGGGCAAGAACAUACGAUGAGGUGAUGGGAAAUAUUUAAAGGGGUUCAUAUGCAGCUUUUGGUCAGUGGAUGCGCUGCAGAAUGAUAAAGUGAGAUCUGAGGGCAGUUCAUUUAAUUACUUUAUCAGACGGUGGAGGAGUGUUAAUGAGCAUAGGCUUUGUUUAUAUUUGAUGCAAUGAUAGAUAGAUAGAUAGAUAGAUAGAUAGAUAGAUAGAUAGAUAGAUAGAUAGAUAGAUAGAUAGAUAGAUAGAUGGAUGAGUGCUUUAACUGCAUAAAUGUUAUAUUUUAUAUGGCGAAAAUGCAGCAUGCGCACGAAAGUCGACUAUCAGUGGAGACCAAGCGCUUGUCGAAAGGAUGAAAAAAACGUAGCCUGGUCUUAUCAGUUUUAUUUAUUGUCUGAUUGCUUUUCUGAAACGCCAUCGAGAACACUGUCUUGUGAGUAAUUGAGUUAUUGUCACUUUUAUAUUUAUAUAUAUAUACACACACACUACCGUUCAAAAGUUUGGGGUCACCCAGACAAUUUAGUGUUUUCCAUGAAAAGUCACACUUUUAUUUCCCGCCAUAAGUUGUAAAAUGAAUAGAAAAUAUAGUCGAGACAUUUUUCUGGCCAUUUUGAGCAUUUAAUCGACCCCACAAAUGUGAUGCUCCAGAAACUGAGGCUACAUCCACACGACAACGGCAACGAGAUGUUAUUAAAAAAAAUAUCGCGUCCACAUGGGCAACGGAUCAGUAAAAUAUCAGGUCCAUAUGUCAACGCAACGCUUGCUGAAAACGAUGCAAUACACAUGCCACACCUCUAGGGGCGCUGUAAGACGGUCCCUUCGGAGACACCAGAACAAUAGAAGAAGUAAGGACUCAUGCGCAUAAACUAUUAUGCGCGAGACUUCAUAUUAGCCACAAAGUCAGGAAAAUCUGUUCGUAAAAUUACGUUAUAAUGACCAAAUACAAUGAAAAGUAUUUUUCCAGUCUCACCUGUGAAAGGUAAUCCCAUGUGAUCUCGUUUGGACGGUAAACCUGUUGGUACAGUUAAACGCAGCACAUGAAUGAGGCAUCUUUAUUCUCCGCUUUGACCUAUCCAAUAUGGCGGCGAGGAUGACGUAUGAUUCUACGCGGAAGGCGGCGUCUUUAAUGGUCCGGAAUAAAUUGAAUGCUACACGUUGAUGGAUUAAUUUGUUGUUCUACGCCCUUUUUGAGGAAUGUAUUGUAGGACUUAAACCAACAUCUGAAGAGGUGAGAUCGCUCCUUUUUUUCCCUAUUUUUGCUGGCGGGAUUGACUCUGCCCUAAGGGCUAUUCUCUCUCUCUCUCUCUCUCUCUCUCUCUCUCACUUUGCACCAUUACACAAUAAAUAUUCACAGUGAAAAUAUUUUGUAAGCGCGUUUCAUGAACCAAGUUAUAGGAUUUGUUGACAACUCGCAUCGAGUUCGUUACACUUCUACCCGGCGUGAAGCACAUGUGGUUGUGACGUCAUCGUAAACAAAUCCGUUCUACUCAUCCAGACGACUUCGCAACGGCAACGUUGCCAGAUCUUUCCACUCUGGAACCCGUUCUCAAAAGAUUUCGUUUUGGGCACCCAAAACGCCGGUGCCGUGUGGAUGCCAGGCCGAAACGAUAAACAAUUGUAUCGGAUUCACCUGAAUCCGUUGCCGUGUGGACAGGGCCUCAAUCUGCUCAAAGGAAGGUCAGUUUUAUAGCUUCUCUAAAGAGCUCAACUGUUUUCAG